CAAUAUUUGCUGAAAUCAAAAGCGAUUAAAUCCAAAACAUCUUUCCAUAAUAAUCUGGGAUGAGGUGUACACACUCCUGAAACACUCUCACAUACACUACCAACAAGCACUCAUGUUUACUACUGAAACACCACUGAUACACCCAACCGAAAUUCUGUCUCAUGCAUUACUGAAAGCCUCUCUCACGCACACACACACAAACACACACACUACCGCAAUACUCUCAUUCACAUGAUUAAAACUUGUUUUUUCAUGAGUGCAUUCAGUAUAUUAUGAGCCUAGUUCGGUGUCAAGUGUUACAAGAUUUCAUUAGUGUGUAAAUUUUAGUAGUGUGGAAGGAUUGUUCCAGGAGUCAGUGAGAGAUUUUCAGUUGAUCUGUACUUUAGAAGUGAGCAUGAGAGUUUCAGGAAUGUGUAUGAGAGUUUGACCAGUGUGUGAGAGACUUUCAGUAAUUGGUGUGUCUGUGUUUCAGCUGUGUGGCUGAAAGCGUCUUAGUAGUGUGCAUGAGAGGUAAUCCUGAAGGAUGUCUCUCAUAAUAUGCGACAUCUUCAACCUCUCCCUUACUGUUUGUAGAGAAGAUUCCUCGCCGGCUGAGAACACCAACAUGAGCGCCACGGGCCACCUGACGGCGGGCAGCCUGUGCGCCAUCUGUGGGGACAGAGCCACGGGCAAGCACUACGGUGCGUCCAGCUGCGACGGCUGCAAAGGCUUCUUUCGACGCAGUGUCCGCAAAAACCACAUGUACUCGUGCAGGUUCAACAGACAAUGUAUCGUGGACAAAGACAAGAGAAAUCAAUGCAGAUACUGCAGACUGAAGAAAUGCUUCAGGGCUGGCAUGAAGAAAGAAGCUGUGCAGAACGAAAGAGACCGAAUCAGCACCAGAAGAUCCAGCUACGAAGACAGCAGUUUACCCUCCAUCAAUGCACUCAUCCAAGCAGACGUGCUGUCAAGACAGAUCAGCUCCCCCGCGCCCAUCCUGAACGGCGACAUCCGCACCAAAAAGAUUGCCACCAUCACGGAUGUUUGCGAGUCCAUGAAACAGCAGCUGCUGGUGCUGGUGGAGUGGGCCAAGUACAUCCCGGCCUUCUGUGACCUGCCCCUGGAUGACCAGGUGGCAUUGCUUCGAGCUCAUGCCGGAGAACAUUUGUUGCUCGGUGCUGCAAAGAGGUCCAUGCUCUACAAAGAUAUCCUCCUAUUAGGAAAUGAUCACAUCAUUCCCAGGAACUGUCCAGAGCUGGAGGUGGGCCGGGUUGCCGUGAGGAUCCUGGAUGAGCUGGUGCUUCCCUUCCAGGAGCUUCAAAUAGAUGAUAACGAAUAUGCCUGCUUAAAGGCCAUUGUUUUCUUUGAUCCAGAUGCAAAAGGUCUGAGUGACCCUGGAAAGAUCAAACGGAUGCGAUACCAAGUCCAGGUCAGCUUGGAGGACUACAUCAACGACCGGCAAUAUGACUCCCGCGGACGUUUCGGGGAGCUGCUACUCUUGCUGCCGACCCUGCAGAGCAUCACCUGGCAGAUGAUUGAACAAAUCCAGUUCGUCAAACUGUUUGGCAUGGCCAAGAUUGACAAUCUUCUCCAGGAAAUGCUUCUCGGAGGCUCUGCCAAUGAAGCGCCUCAUGCACCUCAUUCUCUUCAUCCACACUUGGUUCAAGAGCACCUCAGCAGCAACGUCAUCGUGGCCAGCAACAUGCCAACGCCCAUCCAUAAUGGACAAAUUUCCACUCCGGACACCCCGAUACCGUCUCCGCCGACAGCGUCCAGCUCAGAACAUUACAAAAUAGCUCAAGGAGUCAUAGCCACUGUCCCCAAGCAGCCAACCUCCAUCCCUCAGCCGACCAUUACCAAGCAAGAGGCCAUCUAAUGACCCUUAUUUGAAUGGUUGGGUCUUUUUUUUCUUCUACUUUUCCAAAUAAACAGCUUUGAAGCUGUCCAGUUAACAGAAACAUAAAGUAGCGAAAUGCCUUGAAAAUAAUGAUUCUAUUUUGAGUCUACAACUUAAACGACGGUUUAAUACCAGAAAAAAAAGAAUACAGUUGUUGGGUAUGGUUGGCAUUUCAAACUUUGUUUAGUUGUGUAAAUACUUUCUCAAUGACCAAUGUGGCUUUCUUUUUGCAUGUCCUCAGUGUGUGGCGGAAAAGCUCAUGGUCGACAUGGCAAUGGGACCAUGUCAGUAUUUUAUGAAUGUUACAGGGCUUUGCAUUCUGUUUUGUGUUUUUAUAUUUCAAGUUCUCCUGUGAUUUAAAAAACAUCUAUGUCACAAAGGCAUUUCAUCCAACCUCAAGAAAAAAAUUACGAGAUUGCUUAUCCCACUGGCCAGACUAAAACAUGUGUUUGAUUUACUGCAAUGAAAUGGUGUGUUCAAAACUACUUAUUGAUAAGUAGCCACACUGAUUAGGUUUUCCGGUUUUAUUAUAAAUGUGUAUAUUUUGUGUCAAACCCGACCCGCUCAUGUAAUGUUUGAAACGAUAAUAAAGCCAAGUGUGCAUUGUAACCUGUACUGCCUUAAAAGCAAGCAAAUGUUUGCCAUACAAUGUGAAGAUGAACGAAUAAAUCAAGGUCUAUUUUUACAUUGCA